GCGCAGCUUCCGCCUAUUCACAGCAGACCGAACUCAGCGCACCAGGAGACGGCCACGCAGGGCAAAAAGGGCGCACGGUCUGUCCCCCCAAACACUAAAACCUAUCUGGCAGAUUUUUUUUUCCCCACAUCAAAAAAAAGGUUUCGCAGCCCGUGCCGAGAUGAGCAUGUUCGGCGGCUCCACGUCCAGACUGGCGUCUAUGGGCCAGCGGAGUAAUUCCCGGCCGGACUUGUCGUCGUCAAGCUACAUGAGAAACGACGUUUUUACAUCUGGCAACGGUUUCCAAGGAGGGGAAUACCAGAUGGGGGACGGCGGCUACUCUUACAAGACCACCUACUCCAGGUCUUCAAUGCACGGCGGAGGUGGCACCGGCGGCCGCAAAAUGCAAGUUAGCAUGGGAGCUGGCGGCGGCGGUGGCGGAGGAGGAGGAGGAGUGAUAAGUGUGGAGGACAUUCAGGAGAAAGUUAUGCAGUUGAAAGCCAUGAGUCAUGAGUACCUGCAAAGAGCAAAGAUGAUCCUGCAGAGCGGAGGACCUCCCGUGGAAGCAGAGAAGAUGCUGAUGAUGGCCGCCGACCAUAUGGAGCUGUUGAAGACGUACGGCAUGGACCUGCAGCAGAUGCGUAUUCCCAAUGACGUCUUUUCCAGUUUAAACCAGCUGGAGCACAUGUACGGCGGUGUCCAACAGCAAUUCAUGGGAACCAUGACCAUCAAACGCAGCACGGCCAGCAUGGGCGCCGCCGCCGGCAGCAUGGGCGCCUCCGCCGGCAGCAUGGGCGCCUCCGCCGAAGGGGGGAGGCUCUUUAAAGACGCCAUGGCCUGGAUUAGCCAGCAGAAGCGCAUGAUUCAGACGGCUCCAUGGGGGGACGACUCUGCCACGAUUGAGAACCAAAUCAUGAGCCACAACAAAUUCCACAGCACUAUUCAAAGGAGUCAGGAAGUAGACCGGGCCCGUGACGAACUGGGCAUGAGGGGCGACAAGUCCAACCUUUACAUCAUGGAACAAGAAUGGGACAGUUUGCAGAAAAUGUCACACGGCCGAGUGAAUCAGCUGCGUGACCUGCAAAGCAUCAUUGAGGAAAUCUUCCGUGCCAUCAUGUGGGUGAACGAGAAGGAGGAGGAAGAGCUGGUCUUCGACUGGGGGGACAAAAACAUCGAGCAGUACAUCCCCAAGAAGCAGGAGAGCUACUCGAGGCUGAUGAAAGAUCUGGAGGAGAAGGAGAAGGAGCUAAACAAGCUCAAAGUGAAAGCUGACGGCCUUUUGAGCAACAACCAUCCGGCCUCCGAUAAGAUUGAAGCCUACAUGGACACCUUACAGACCCAGUGGAGCUGGCUUCUCCAGAUCACCAAGUGCAUUCACAUUCAUUUGAAGGAGAACGCAGCCUACGGCCAAUUUUUCAAGGAGGCGAAUGAGACCUACGAAAAGCUGAGAAAGGACCGUGAAAACAUCCAGAAAAGGUUCACAUGCAACAAGAACACGCCACUGGAAAACCUUAUGGAGCUCGUGAAACUUCUGGAGAAAGAGAAGGAGCGCAUCAUGGAGCAUAAGAGACAAGUUCAAAGCCUGGUCAACAAGUCCAAGACAAUUGUGAGGCUGAAGCCCCGCAACCCGGAGGAACCGACUCCAACCAACACCCCCAUCAUGGUUCAGGCACUGUGUGACUUCAAGCAGGACCAGAAAGGGAUUCUCAAAGGGAAUGAGGGCAUACUGAAAGACAACUCGCAGCGCAGCAAGUGGCUCGUGACCGGACCAGGAGGUCUGGACAUGUUGAUUCCCUCCGUGUGUCUGCUGAUCCCCCCGCCAAACCCCCUCAGCAUCGGCCUCGCCGCCAAGAAUGAGCAGUAUUAUGAGGCCAUCCUUGCCAUCUGGAAUCAGCUAUACAUUAACAUCAAGAGUCUCAUCGCGUGGCAGUACUGCCUGAAAGACAUCAACUACAUCAACUCUCUCACAGUGUCCAUGAUAUCGAAAAUGCGUCCCGAGGAGUACCGCAGCAUCAUCAAAAGGCUGGAGACCCAUUACCAAGAGUUCCUGCGCACCAGUCAAGGUUGCGACCUUUUCAGGGAAGAGGAUAAAAUCAACAUCCAGAGCCACUUUGAUAGAGCCCAGACCCAUUAUGACACCCUGGUUAUCCAGGUGACCGGCCAAAACGAUACCAAGGAGCCAAGCAAACCUGCGCCUCCUAAAAUCCAGGCCCUCAGCAUCACACUGCUCAGCAGUCUGCAGGAGCUCCGGCGGAGGUUGGAACUGUCCGAGUCCGGACUCACCAGCCAUCUGCACAUUUGCUCGGGGGAAAACAGCCUGCAAGACUGCUUAGUGCACAUCGAAAAACUGCAGACUGUGCACCAAGAGCUGGACUACAUUCACGACGAAUACCUGCACCUACGAGAGAAGAUUCUCAAGCAGCUGGAAGGGAUCCCUCCCGAUUCGGAGCAAGCAAGGUUCCUCCGUUCAGAGCUGGAAAUCAUCAGCCAGAAACUGGGAGGGCUUCAGGGUCUCUACUCGGCUUAUAUCCAAAGAGUGUCAGCGCUGAAGUCCUUGCUCGAGACUCUUCUCCAGGCUGAAGACGUUGUCAAAGUCCACGAGGCCCGCCUGACGGAAAAAGAGACCGCCUCGCUGGACCCGCGAGAGCUGGAUAACUACCAGAGCACUCUGAAGCAAAUGAAGAUCGAGCUGGACCACAAAAAAGACCUGCUAACUGCGAUGGAGUCGGAGCUAGCCAAAGCGGUUCAAUGGAACGGUCAAGUCUCAGAGUCCUUCCACAGGUGUGACGUGGACUUGUCCAAAUACGCAGAACUGGUGGGUCAACUCUCUGACCGCUGGCGCCGCAUCCAAACACAAAUCGACACCCGAUUGUGGGAUCUGGAGAAGCAUGAGAAGCAGCUGCAAAUUCAUCAUCAGAGCAGUACUUCCAUGGACCAGUGGAUAAACAAUGCCCGGAAGCGCCAGGAUGUCCUUCAGAAUGUGAAGCUCACCAACAUCCAGAUGGCCACGGACUACCUCAACCAGCAGAAGAUACUUUAUGGUGAAAUUAAAGGCAAGAAAGAGAAGGUGGAGGAUGUCCAUAAACACGCCGACACCUGCGCUGCCUCCAUUAAGGACUAUGAACUGCAGUUGGCUUCCUACAGUUCCGGCUUGGAAACGCUUCUCAACAUUCCCAUCAAGAGAACCAUGCUCAAGUCCCCUGCUACUGUUGUUAGACAGGAGGCAUCUGACAUCCAGUCCAACUACAUUGAGCUCCUUACUCGCUCAGGUGACUACUAUAAGUUCCUUGGGGAGUUGCUGAAGAACAUGGAAGAGCUGAAGAUUAGGAACACCAAGAUUGAGCUGCUAGAGGAGGAGAUCAGGCGCCUCAAGGAACAGCUCGGGGAUUCUGGCGGGAAAAACAAAUCUCUGGAAGAUGCCUUGGCCCGUCUCAAGCUGGAGCUCAGCCAGUCCAAAGACCAGCUCAUUGAUCUGGAGGAAAUCAAGAGAACCACAUCCAUCCAAGUCUCUGUUACCAAGGACAGCCUGGACAGUACCCAAAGCCAGAUCCAAGAGCUAACUGACCAGCUCAACCGCCUUAAGUACCAACUGGAAGAAGAAAAGAGGAAAAAAAGGCUGGCCGAAGAGCGCUACACCAGCCAACAGGAAGAGUUUGAGGCGGCUGUUCGCCGCAGACAGAAAGAGUUGGAUGAGCUCAACUGGUUCAAGAUUGACUUGGAAAAGACGGUCAAGGACAAAGAACGUGAGCUGGAGAGGCUGAAGAUACUGCUGGAGGAGGAGGCGGCCCGUCGCCGCAAUGCCGAGUCAGAGGUUUCAAAGGUAAGAACACAGUGCACCCAGGAGAUCAGUCAACUUAAGCAAACGUACGAGACCCAGAUCCACGUCACCAAGACCACCGUCCUGAAAGCCUCGCAGCAAAAGGAAGAGGACUCGGCUGAGCUGAGGCACCUGUACGAGAAGCUCGUCGCCGAGAAGCGAGAUCUCGAAGAUGAGCUGCGUAGGCUCAAACUCUCCAUCGCCCACGCCGAAGAGCAAAAAAACAGAGCGGAGAUGGAGACCAACCAGCAGAGGACGUCGUUGACCCAAGAGACGAGGAUGCGGAGUGAGCUGGAGGUCCAAAUCAGGAAGUUCACACAGCAGCGAGAUGAGGACGAGCUCAAACUAAAGGAGGCUAACAAAAACAUUCAAGAAAAAGGCCGGCAGAUCAGCAUGCUCACCCGGGAUAUUGACGAAGAAGGCAAGAAGAGGAGGGCCUUGGAAUUGGAAAUCAAUCACUUGAGACAAUCGGAGGCAGAGCUCAAGGCGCAGAACGAAUCCUGCCUGGAGAUGAUUAACAAGCUGAAAUUUUCCGAGAAGGAGAUUCGCAUUACUCGAGUGGAGCUGGAGAAGCAGACCAGUGACCGGAACAAGGCCGAGCAGAGCGCCGUCAGGCUCCAGAGCCGCAUCCGAGAACUUCAAGGCUCUCUGGAUGCCAUGGGAGCUGAGAUGGAAAAGCAAAAGAAGGCAACCCAGGAGGAGUUCACACACAGAAAGAGGCUGGAGUCAGAGCUGGAGAGGGUGACGAAAACGUGCCGAGAGUACACCACCACCAUCACCAGCCUCAAGUCCAUCCAGGUUGAGGCUUCAAACACUGAAAAGAAGUUUGGGCAGGACCUCCGAGCUCUCCAGGAGGCUCGGGAUAAGAGCCUCAGGGAGCACAAAGUCACCAAAGACCAACUGGCGGCCGUGAGCGCUGAGUUGAAGGCCAUGAAACAGAAGGUCCACCAAGAUCAACUCCAACUUGUGGAGUUCAACCAGAGAAAUGAAAGUCUGUACAAAACCAACGAGGACAAAAGCCGCCACCUCAAUGAAUGCACCGUCGAAAUAGAACGUCUGAAGGCUCUGACUCAGAACGUGACAAUGGAGAGACAGAGGCAGGAGGAGGAGCUGAGGCUCCUGAGGCAGGAGAGGGAUGAGCUGAGAAUUAGCAGGGACGCUGUUGACGGGGAAAACGCAUCUCAGAUUUCAGCUUUGCACGUCCAACUUCAGAAUAGCAACAAGAGGACAGCGGAGCUCCAGGCUCUCAUCAACGACCUGACCAAGGAGAGAGAAAAGCUUAUGGUCGAAAUAGACAAAUUCCAAAAGCAGUCCUUUGAGACAUCCAUCAUGGUGCACGAGUCCCAAAGCAAGUACAGCGCGGUGCUGCUGGAGAGGGAUGAUUUGCUUUCAAAGCUGAAAUUGCUGGACCAGGACAAACACCGCCAGAAGCGCCUGGAAGAGGAACUGGCCCGCAUCAAACAUUCCCUGGAGACGGAGCUUCGUAACAAGCAGCGCUUGAUUGAUGAGAAAAAUAGCGCUCUCAAGGAUUUCACCCUUUUGAAGAGCCAGUACGAGUUGAAGGAGACCCAGCUCAGGCAGUGGGAUUCGGAUAGGUCCAAGACAGAUCAAGAUAGGUUGAGUCUAAAGAACGAGAUCGAGAGGUUGAUGAGAGAGCUUCGAAGUGUCGAGGAACGUUACAAGAGCAGGCUGUUGAGCUCAGAGAAGGAGGUGACGGAGCUGAGCCUCAAGAGAGACGCGCUGCAGAGAGAGAUCGAGAGGUUGCAGAAAAGGCCGAGUACGUCGAGUAGACAGACGCAGACGGAUAUGAAGGUGGCCACCAUCGACCCUUCCAAGCUGGUAUUUGAUGGGGUGCGUCGCAAAGUCACAGCUCACCAGCUUUGUGACUGCGGCGUGAUCAGCAAGGCCACUCUGGAGCUGCUGCUGCAGGGCAAGAGGACCGUGGACGAGGUCGCCGUUGACAUCCAAGUGAAUCUCAAGGGGACGGGCAUUAUCGCCGGCAUGAUGACCGCUUCUCAAGGGAAAAUGCCUUUCACCGAAGCCAAAAACAAAAACCUGCUGAGCCCGGAGAGCGCGCUCAUGUUGUUGGAGGCUCAAGCCGCUACGGGCUACAUAGCAGACCCCGCUUUUAAUGACAAGAUGCCCGUGGACACCGCUUGCUCCAGGGGCAUCGUGGACACAGAAGACAGAGACGCCUUGGUGAAAGCUGAAGCCGCCAGUGUCGGUUUCAAGGAUCCCUACUCGGGUAAAGUGUUAUCCGUGGGCCAGGCUUGCAAACAAGGCCGAAUCGACAAGGAGACGGCGCUCCGUUUGCUGCAGGCUCAGGAGUCCGUCGGGGGUAUCUUGGACCCCGUUCUGAGUGUAUUCCUGCCAAAAGAUUUGGCCCUGGAUCGCAAUCUUAUCGACGAGGAGCUCUACAGGGCUCUGAACAGAAGACCCGCCUGCUACCUGGAUCCAACAACAGGAGAAAAGACCAGCUAUGGUGACCUUAGGAGGAAGUGCACAGUGGAACCCGUUCACGGUUUACUCUUGCUUCAGGGCCCAGAAAAACCCAUGACGGUCAAGGGGCUCCGUGGACAAGUCUCUGUGCCGGAGCUGAUCAAGUCUGAAUUGCUGGAUGAAAACGAUUUGAAAAGGCUGAGAGAAGGUCAGCUCACCAGCAAAGAUAUCGAGGAUAAGCUCAAGUCGUACCUCUACGGAUCGACCUGCAUCGCAGGGAUCUAUGAUGAGGCCAACGACAGGAUACGGCCCUUUUAUCAGGCAAUGAAGGAAGGUCUGCUCAUGAGGGGGACCACCUUGGAGCUCCUUGAAGCCCAGGCUGCGUCCGGCUUCAUUGUUGACCCGGUAAACAAUGUCUUCUUGACCGUAGACGAGGCAACAAUGAGAGGCCUGGUUGGAAAAGAAUUUAAGAACAAGUUGCUAUCUGCGGAAAGGGCCGUUACCGGAUAUACCGACCCUGCCACAGGAAAGACAAUCUCCCUUUUCCAGGCCAUCGAGAAAGGUCUGAUCGAGAAAGGCCACGGAAUCCGUCUGCUCGAGGCUCAGAUCGCCAGCGGUGGGAUCAUUGACCCGAAAGAGAGCCACCGAAUUGACAUUUCCGUUGCUUAUAAACGAGGAUACUUUGAUCAGGAGAUGAAUGAGAUCCUAACUUACGAAGGGGACGACACCAAAGGGUUCUUUGACCCCAACACAAAGGAGAACCUGACGUAUCUGCAGCUAAAGGAGAGAUGCAUCACGGAUCCCAAGACCGGCCUGGUACUCCUGCCUCUAACAGACAAAAAGAAAGCCAAGGUGUUACAAGAGAGCCGAAGCAACGUCCUUCGCAAGAGGCGGGUGGUGAUCGUUGACCCGGACACUAAUCGGGAGAUGUCCGUGCGAGAGGCCUAUCACCGCGAGUUAAUCGACUAUGACACCUUUCUGGACUUGUCAGAGCAGGAAUGUGAGUGGGAAGAAAUCACUAUCAAAGGCUCGGAUGGAUCGACACGCUUGGUGAUAGUAGACAGAAAGACGGGGACCCAGUACGACAUUCAGGACUGCAUGGCGCGUGGAAUCAUCGACCAGAAAUCCCUCGAUCAGUAUCGCUCUGGAAAGUUAACCUUGACCCAGUUUGCUGACGAAGUUUCCAGUAGGAGCAGCGGCACCGAGUUGACCAUCUCAACCAGCAGCGCUGACGACGUGAUCACUUGCAGCAGCCCCACCCAGGCCGCGCCGUCUUCUCCGACCGUUCGCAAGCGCUUAAAUAGUAUUUCCAUUACCGUCUCUCCCCCGGAGAUGUUUGAUGACCAGAGCCCAGUGGCGGCCAUAUUUGACACUGAGACCUUGGAGAAGAUCACCAUUCCUGAGGCGCACAGAAGAGGAAUCGUGGAUACCAUCACGGCGCAGAGACUCCUGGAGGCCCAAGUGUGCACCGGAGGAAUUAUCAACCCCUCAACGGGACAGAGACUAACACUGCAGGACGCCGUCCAUCAGUGUGUCAUCGACGAAGCCAUGGCCAACAAGCUGAAGGCGGCGCAGAAAGCCUAUCUUGGCUUUGAGGAUGUGAAAACCAAGAGGAAGAUGUCGGCAGCGGAGGCAGUGAAGGAGACGUGGCUACCUUACGAUGCCGGCCAGAGGUUCCUGGAAUUCCAAUACAUGACCGGAGGCCUGAUUGAGCCCAGCACUGGAAAACGCAUUAGCAUUGAGGAGGCCAUUCGCAAAAACUGGCUGGACGGCAUGGGGGCACAGAAACUUCAGGAUGUCCGCAACUAUCCGAAAAACCUGACCUGUCCCAAGACCAAACUGAAGAUCUCCUAUAAGGAUGCCAUGGAUAACUGCAUGGUGGAAGAGAGCAAUGGUAUGAAGAUGUUGCAGGCCUCCUCGGUGUCAUCAAAGGGACUCAGCAGUCCUUACAAUGUCUCCAACCCAGGAUCUCGCUCUGGCUCCAGGAGUGGGUCUCGUAGAGGCAGUGUGGAUUAUUCGUCUACAUACAGCUAUAGCUUCGCGUCCAGCAACACAAGUGCCAACUAUUAAGUCAACAUUUUAGUCCACAGAACAGACUAAAAGAAUAACUUGCCUAAUAACUAGAUUUGUAUUAACUAUUUUCCUGUUAAACAUUUUAAAGGUUUUUAUGGUAUAUAUGAGAAUUUGGGAUGUUUAAGAAUUGAAUAUGAAUUGUGUUUAGAUGAGUGUUUGGAGCUGGUGUUUUUUUUUUUAACUCAUUAUAAUCCACAGCCUUGCGUAAAUGAUAUAUAAUAUACAUUUUAACAUGGCUUUUUUUUAUUGAGUGCAGUGUUUUAUUUGAAAAGGCUUGUUCAACUUAGUUUCUGUAAUUCUUGCUUUUUUUUUAAUAACAUUUUGUUGUAGCUUGAGUUUUGAUGUUCUAUCCUUGAAUGAAAAAAGCUCAAUUCAAAUGCUGUUGUGCAUUUAAACACGGACUUAGUAAAGUGCUGAUCAGCUGUAAAAUACUACUGUCAUUAAUAUUACCUAAAAAAAAAAAUUAAAGACCUUGUUUCCACUUUU